CAAGACGGAGCGAUUCACUGCCUCUCCCGUCUUCCAGGACAGGAUGCCCAUUUUCAGGUGAGUAAACGGAGACACUGAGAGGUCAGUAACCAGCCGAAGGUCAGAAGGAGGAUGGGCCGUGGCAGUGAGCCCAAGCAGCUCCUCUCCAAAUACCUGGACUCCCGCCGCAUCGCUCCAGCGUUUCGCCCUGCUCUCCCCGUAAGGACGCGGCACCGAAAAUGUCCCCAUCUGCCUCCCUUCCAGAAGCCCAGGGCAGGCUCUCUCCAGGACGCCGGAGUGCCCACUCCGCAUCUGAGCUCUCUGCGGAUGCUCCCGCUGGGGUGGACAGCGCCGAGACGAUUUUGUCCCCUCUGGAGCAGGACGCGCGGACUCCGGGUCCUCCCUGCCAGCCGCCGCCAGAGGGCGCACUGAGGAGCAUACCUCCAAAAUGGCCGCCAGUAAGCAGCGCGGCGGCGGGAGGACGCCCACAAUGCAGACCCUCGCCGAGCGUCGUGGGCCCGGGGACACAAAAGACGCUCCCGGAGAAGCGCACGCGGGUGCACGACAGCGGAGGCCGCAGGGCGAGCGAUCGGCAGCGCAGGGGCCUUGGGCCAGCCGCAUGGUCAACGCCAACAACGUGGUUUAGGCUGAGCUCCUGUUUCUGCCUCCCUGCAUAGUCUGCGCUCUGGGGCAGUGAAGGCUGACGGACGAGGGUCAGCCACGUGGGUGCUCCGCGCCUGCGCACCGGCUCCCAAGGAAACCCCUGGGCGCCCUCCCGGCUCCCUCUCACCCCACCAGAAUAUUCAAGAUCGCUUCACAUGUCUCCCAGGGCGCCUGAGUGGCGCAGCCGGUUGGGCGUCCGGCUUCAUCUCAGGUCAUGAUCUCACGGUUGGUGG